UUCUUAACAGGUUGCAAUCGGUGACAUCCAACGGCACGGAACUCAGCAGCGGGCGGUUGGAGCAGCACUUUGCCCAGUUACCCAGAGUUCUAUUGCUGUCUUGUUUAGCAGUGGAAGAGUUGUACUGUGGCAGCUGACAUCUGAUAAGUCUGCAGUUCUUGAUUAUCGACAAUCUUUCAUCGAGGACUAUUUGGCGUUCGGGAAAGAUCUGGAAACGAGACCUAUAGGAGAGUUAAACAUCCAGCAAACUGGAUUUCUUGAUGCUUUAUCCUCUGGAGUAUCAUGUCUACGUAUGCGUCCCAUAGACGAUCUUGGAAAGGAGACUGAUGAUUCUUUAGACCUCUCAUCUUUUGGAUCAGCGCAUCUAGUGGCCGUUGGCUCACAUUCCGGAGUUUUACAACUUGUCGAUGUUUUCACCUGUGAUAUUGUUAGAGAGUUUGCUGUACAAUCUUCUCCUAUUAAGUGCUUAGAAUGGGGCGGAACUUAUACUGUACUCACUGCUGGAUAUAAUCAUUCUCUUAGUACUGCUCAAGUAGUGCGAAAUGAUUUAUAUGCUAUCGAUAUAAGAACAGGUAGCUUUUCCGAUUGGCACUCUUUGCUCUCUCCACCUUUGGAAGGUGUAAAACGACGAAUCAGACCGGAAGCUGAUGAAUCACCCGUCACCCUUUUGAGAGUGUCGUUCUACCAAUGUUAUUUGGCGCUCGCUUUCCAACGCGAACCCCUUGAGAUCUGGGAUUUGAAGGGGUUGCGUCUCUUACGACGAAUGAGCAAGACGUGUCCCUUAAUAGUUGACAUGGUAUCGCUUUCUUCUGUAGUUCUUCAUGCUUGGUCUUGUAAACACCAUGGAAUGAAAACAACAGAAGAUGGAGGAUUAAGCAUCUAUCGAGAGAAUUUGGUAGUCCUCGACUCAGAGAAUCGUCUGUACCAUGUCGUAGUUAAGGGUCUUCAUGUGAAAGACGGAAAAGAAGUAAACACUCAGUUUUUUGGGAAUGAAGCGCCUUCCCAAAACAAGGGUCCUUUGGGCCAAACUCUGUGGAAGAGCGGAGGCUGGUCUAUUAGAACUAUGGCAUGGAAGGACGACAUGUUAGCUAUGGGAGAUGCAGAAGGAAGAAUUGUAUCUAACCUCGUUUCUCUAAAGAUCUGGGAUCUUGGUCGUCGUCAGUCACGACAUGUUCGCGCUUCGAGAUUCCCUGUAGUGCGAAUGACGUUUUCACGUCUAGCUGGAGACCACACCCUUGCAGUUUUACAUCCCCGUGAGUUGUCCUUAUGGGAUACAGAAGCAUUAACUCGUCAGCAUCAAAUCACUUUGGAUAGCUCACGGUCAGCCUUGGACAUGGAUCUAUGUGGUGUUUCGCCCAUACUUCUGACAAAUGACAAUGUGCUGCGUUAUGCACCAGCGGUUGCUAAGAAUACGCCAAUGUUAGAAAAAGGUGGAGAUUUAUAG